AUGGGCGUCGACAACAACAACAUCGACAAUGAGGAUGGGCCAGUCGACGAUUCUCGUCCGCCCUGGAAGCUCGAGUUUCGCUCGUCGAAUGGCUUCAUCAUCUCGGUGGUUGCUAUUGCUGUUUUUACUGAUGUCUUUAUCUACGGAAUGAUUGUUCCCAUCCUGCCGAUUGUUUUGGGAUCGCGUACGAAUGUACCCGAGGAUGAAUUACAGAAAUGGAUGUCGAUCCUUCUCGCUGCAUUUGCAGGUGCCAUCCUCGUUGGCUCGCCGGUAUGCGGCUACUUUGCGGACAAGGCGCCAUCGCGAAAAGCACCAUUCCUCGUCGGUUUAACUGCUCUCGGAGGAUCGACUAUGAUGUUCUGGUUUGCUAGGACAGUAUAUUGGUUGGUCAUUGCCCGGACUCUGCAGGGUCUAUCUUGCGCUGUGGUUUGGACUGUCGGUCUGGCCUUGGUGGUGGAUACGGUGGGAAAGGAUGAAGUCGGUACUGCGAUGGGCAUCGUCUCCAUGGCUAUGACUGUUGGGACUGUCUCUGGACCUCUCAUCGGAGGAGUAGUGUUGGCCCGAGCGGGUUAUCACGCCGUGUUCUCGGUGGCAAUUGCAUUCAUCGUACUGGAUAUUAUUCUUCGCCAGGUUAUGAUUGAGAAGAAGGCGGCCUUGAAAUGGCUCAAGCCAUCUCACGCGGAGACGGAAAGCUUGCUGAACGGCCACACGGGACAAACCGCCUCUCAAUAUGAAUCGAUCGGGCAACUAGAUCAGCAAUCAAUAGACUACCCGCAAGAGCAAUAUGUUGAUGUUGGAGAGCCCCUGUCGAGUGGGAAGACAGGGUCUUUGCCUGGAAUCGUGCGAUUGCUGUGCACUAGCAGUUUGCUAGUCGUGCUUGGGUCGACAAUAAUUGUGGCCGCGAUCCAGUCUUCAUUUGACACUGUUCUGCCGUUAUACGUUUUGAGGGUAUUUGACUGGGGCCCAAUGGAGAUAGGAUUGUGCUUCCUUCCCUUGUUCUUGCCUGCAUUUGCCUCUCCAAAGAUCGGCGCUACCAUUGACUGCUGUGGAACACGAGGUGUUGCAUUUGUCGGAUUUCUCCUCGACUUCCCAGUGCUCAUGCUUCUUCAACUCGUCACCGAGAACACAACACACGACAAAGUUCUACUAUUUGUAGUCCUCUUCUUCGCCGGUAUUGCGGCAUGUCUUCAGCUUGUUUCACUCAUGACCGAAAUCGACCACAUCGUUGAGCGCAAGGAAAAGGAGUUUCCUAACUUGUUUGGGAGUCAGGGAUGCGCAGCACAGGCGUAUGGUCUGUUAAACGUAGCCUGGGCCGGUGGCCAGAUGCUGGGACCAUUGGUGGCAGGUUCAUUGGUCGACCACCAGGGAUGGGGGACUAUGGUGACUGUAUUUGGAGUGGCGAGUGGAGUGGUUGCGGUGGUGGUGAGUGCCACGAGUGAGGGUAGCGUGCUGCGAUGGAAGGGGAAAGGGGGGCAGCGUAGAGCGUGA